AUGGUACCAGGAAACCAAACACAUAUUUCAGAAUUUAUACUUUUGGGGCUCUCAGACGAGGCAGAUAUACAGCCCCUCCUCUUUGGUCUGUUCCUGUCCAUGUACGUGGUCACCUUCACUGGGAACCUGCUCAUCAUCCUGGCCAUCAUCAUGGACUCCCACCUCCACACACCCAUGUACUUCUUUCUCUCCAACCUUUCUUUUUCAGACAUUUGCUUCAUUUCUACCACUGUUCCAAAGAUGCUGCUGAACAUUCAGAUACAGAAUAAAGUCAUUACAUAUGAAGAUUGCAUCACCCAGAUGUAUUUUUUUAUGCUUUUUUUGGGAAUAGACAAUUUCCUCUUGACCGUGAUGGCCUAUGACCGGUUUGUGGCCAUCUGUCACCCAUUGCACUACAUGAUCAUUAUGAAGCCCAGGAUCUGUGGUCUCCUGCUUAUGGCAACCUGGUUAUUGAGUGCUCUGCAGUCUUUACUACAUAGUUUAAUGGUUUUGCGACUGUCUUUUUGUACAGAAUUGGAAAUCUCCCACUUUUUCUGUGAACUUAUUCAGGUAGUCCAACUUGCUUGUUCUGACACUUUCCUCAAUGACUUAAUGAUGUAUUUUACAGCUGGAUUUCUGGGUAUUAUUCCACUUGCUGGGAUCUUUUUCUCUUACUUUAAGAUUGUGUCCUCUAUUUUGAGAAUUUCAUCAGCUGAGGGAAAGUGUAAAGCCUUUUCCACUUGUGGGUCUCACGUCUCACUCAUUUCCAUGUACUAUGGUACAGGUUUUGGAGUUUAUCUUAGUUUAUCUGCUACCCAAAACUCGAGGGCCACUGCAAUAGCCUCAGUGAUGUACACUGUGGUCACUCCCAUGCUGAACCCCUUUAUCUAUAGUCUUAGAAAUAAGGAAAUGAAACAGGGCCUAAGAAAACUCUUCAACUGCUAA